AUGUCCUCCCCACGGACACCGCACCACUCGGCCCACCCUUCUCUCGAUCACUCCGCCGCCUCCUUCGUCUCAUACUCUCCACAAGAGCGCCGUCAAUCCAAAGCCUCUUCAUUCAAUGAAUCAUCCGUGGACCUGGGACUGUCUAGUGGCGGCGGGAUUAACGAGGCGGGAGGCGGAGGGCUGGGCAACCUGGCCGACGAACUAGCCGCUUUCUCCGACGAGGAGGAUUACGACGGGUACGAAGAGGGGGACUACGAUGAGGAAGCGGCGGACGAUCAGGGUAGCGAAGGAGGGGCACCAGGGAUAAGCCUCGAUACUGCGGUCGACGACGCCAAGAAGGAGGAGGGGAUCAGGGACAGCGGCGUGGACGUCGAGAGUCUAUCAGGUUCCGGGAAAGGGCACAGCUCCAAGGGGAGUCUAGCGCUCCCAACGCCGAACGGGCGGGGGCAUAGGAGGAAGGGCAGCGAGUACGACGGCAGCGAGUACGGGAGCGAGUCUGACCUCGAGUCACCCGGGAUGCCAUCCAAACUCGUAGAGCAGAUGGACGAGGUCGAGUCGCUUGCCCGCCGGGGGACAGAAAGGAACGGCUCUUCCACCGACGGCACAUUCAAGCGCGUAACCGACGGUCUCCGCGACCUCGGCUCCCAAGCCAACGUCGAAGGCGGCGCCACCCGCAUGCCGCGCCCCAGCACCAGCGCCCUACAAUCCCUGUCCUCCCUACACACCCUCACCGCCGACCUGGUUCAAACCCUCAACUACCUCUCCGACACGCUGCACAUGUCGCGCCAGACGACGACCACCGCCACGCGCCGCCUGCGCGCCGCCCGCGAGACGGUCGCCGAGCUGCGCCGCGACGAGGAGCUGCGCGAGGAGGGCGAGCGCUGGCUCGAUCGCGGCGGCUGGGGCGAGCGCCUGCAGCGCCGCGAGUGCGCGCUCGUGUGUGGCGACGUCGUGGGCGGGUUCGAGAAGGUCUGCGAUGAUUGGCGCGAGAGGCUGGUCAGUCGGCUGCAGCUGGAGGAGGCGGGGCAGGCUUGA